UUUGGACUUCAGAUCCCAGAAUUCCUGAUGUUGGCCAAACAGUCUAGGGCUUCUGGUUGAAGUCCAAAACAGGUGGAGAACCAAAGUUUGAGAAACACAAUACUAGGGAAUUUGGGACUCAUGCAGAAGGUAGUUUGCAUUCUGGUGGCUUCUCCUGGUCUCUUCUGCCUUCAGAAGGAGUGAAGGAAAAGAAGCAAAAUGGCUGCCUGUUUCUGACUGAAGGGCAAUUGAGGAAGCACAAGAAUAUUAGGAGGGAAGGAAAGAAAGGGCAAAACUGAUCUGAGGGUGAAGAAACCCUGUCAUAGGCAUAGACUGUGUGAGAAACACAUAGAAAGCUGGAUUGCCCUUUGAGAAUUCAGGCAAAAGAACGAAAGACCAAAGAAACACACUCCCCCUCAGGGAGUUUACAGCUAUUUCUAAGGAAGUUCUCCAGUCAGUGUGAGCCAGAGAAAGCCCACCCAAGUUGGGCAAACUUGUGCAUGCAUGCACACAACAACACAAAACUUUUCCCAAGUCUUUGAAGAAACUAAUAAAGGAGACCACACUGCUUUUUCAAUUUCCAGGAGUUUCUCACAGUUUUUCUUUUCUCAACUGACCAGCAUCAAGAGUCACAGUCUGAACAGCUGUUUACUGUUGUCACCCAUGGUUGUCUGUGGUAAUUUAGGGGAGAGAAGUUAUUAUAGCAGCAGACGAGAGAGAGAGAGAUCCACAACCUCUCUCACCUCAAGUGCCAUUUUUGACAGCCUCCUAAUGUUUCCAUUUUCUUUGUCAUACAUAACUAGGUGAAUGAAUACUGGAAGUGUUUCCUCACAAAUUGGCUCAUGAGUAAACAAAUCUGAUCUAAGAAUCUGGUAAAGGAACAAAGCCAUCCAAUAAAAAUGAGACCAGAUCUUCUGAAAAUGAAGGAAAAUGCCUUGAUUUAUCUUGACAGGAGUGGUGGUCUUCAAAAAUUUGUAGAAGAUUGCAAACUCUACAAUGGUGACUCAAGGCAGAGUUGUGCUGUGUUUCGUUUUCUAAUACUGGUAAAUCCAGUUGAUAUUAUUGAAUUGAAUGCUGUCCUUGGAAACUGUGUUCUGCAUGAACCUGUGAAAGCCACAAAAAUAUUUCAAUCAGUAUGUUUUACAGCUGUUAAAACACUGUCACUAAUUCAGCAACUGCAGACUGAAGCUCAGAUGAAUAUAGUGCUGAAAUUAACACAUUUGCCUUCCCUGCCUAGUUAUGUUCUCAGUCUUUGCAAGUUUCCAUUUGAUUACACAACUCAAAGAUUUUAUAUAGUAGAAGGAAUAGUGGUUGCAAUGACCACUGUAACAAAAUAUACACAAGGAGCAAGAUUUGUUUGUUCUGAUGAAGCAUGUCAGUUUUCUGAAGGGUUUCAGUAUGUAAGAGUACACAUUCCCGGGGCUACAGAAUCUACAACACUAAGAAAUGACUUUGUUUGUACUCUAUGUACCUCGCCAUUGAGAGAAGACAUGAAAUAUCGAGUACUUGGUGGUAAAAAAUUAUAUACUGUUACUAUUUCUUUGACUUCAAAUUCAUAUUGGAGAUUUACCGCUGUUUCUAGCAAUAGUUUUGCUUGCCAGUUUCCACCAGGCAUUACAUAUCUCAAACUGGCUAUUGUGCUGAGUUUUAGUACAGUCACCGACAGAGAUGACACAAAGGUUAUGUGGAUCUUUUGCUUAAUUGAAUUACAGCAUUUGUCUUGUGCCUCGGGAAUAAGACACAUCCCAUCUGGUUAUGUUUUUCCUACUGUAUCCAAUAAACAUGGAACUGGAACUGCUAGAUUCGGAGGUAGUGCUUAUAUGGCUAAAGGUGGAAUAUGGUUCAUUGGAGAACUAUCUUCUCACAAGAGUAAACUUGAACAGUUGCCGUCAGUGCUGGAGAAUAGACCAACUACCAUAUAUCCCUGGAAAAAGUACGGUGAAGAUACAGACCAGCAAGUUACUCUUCCAAUUCAUACCAGUUUUUGUCUUUUAUUUUUGCAGGACUUAAACUCACUUUCAGCAAACCUUAUUGAUGCUUUUGGACUUUUGAUACACUGCAAUGAGACACCAUUUUUCAAUCCAGUUCUUCCUGUUGUAAAUUUCAUUUUAAAAAAAGCUAUUCAACUAGAAGACAAAGAUGAUGAUAUGCUCCAACAGUUCACAACACAAGAUUAUGAGGAGUUCCUUGCUUUUUCAAGGAACUUACAGGUGGAAUUCAGUCCAGAAGCAGAAAAUAUGAUUCAUGGCUACUACUUAGCAAGUCGCAGAGUUAGAACACAUCCAAUUAUUGGAUCAAACCUCUCAGCGACUGCGUUGAAAAUCUUGACUGCACUGUCAGAAGCACAUGCUAAACUGAGUUUAAGAACCAAAGUACUGGAAGAAGAUGUUUUGAUUGCUGUGCUGUUAUUUGAAUCAUCUCUUACUUUAAAACAGGGCGCUUCUGUAUUUUGUGUGGCUCCAAAUGCUGUUUUUCCAUUUGAACUCAACAGUGAGGACUCUCUGGAUCAAAGGGAUGUUUACCUGAAGCAGUGUCAUCUACAGCUGAUACAGUUCAUUGCUACUUAUGGACCCGCAACACAGGUUCUCAGUAAUGAAGAUUAAAAUCUCUCCAGUCAGCUUUCUUGCAUUUCUUUUUAAAUAAUACACUUGAAUAUGCAAAUACCAAUUCUGCAGUUCUUGAAGUUUAUCAUAAACACUUACUGAACACAGUUGUCAGCAGUAAGAAUUCUUCUUCCCUAUACCAAUUAUAGGCUUUGAUAUCCCAAGCUCUAGCCCUCUGCACCCCUCCUCCAUGACAAUAUCAAAUUAGGAGGUUUAAAAAUACAUAGCUAUGGGGGCACCCAAGUGUAGGGAAAUGCCGUCAUAUAAGGAAAUCUAGUAGGCUCAGGAUGGGGGAGCUCAAGAGCAUGUAGGUAGGACAGAUCAAGAUGGGAAUCUGCAUAAUCCCUGCAGUGAUAGGAGUGAUGGUGGAUGAUAGACCUUGUGUUUACACACAAACAGAAAUCCAAGUAAACUCCCCUCUGGGAGAGAUACUCCUUUGUCUACAAACAUUUGCACUGACUGUCCAGCCAGCCACUUCCUUGCUCAUUCUUCCCACCUGCAAAUCCCUUCACAUUCUGAAGCCUGCCUUGAGAUAUGUUCUGCCCUAUAAAUAUGCCUGCUCAGACACUUCCAAUUAGGUCUCAAUUUUGAGGUCAGAUACUCUGUCCAGAUUCCACUUACCUCCUCAGCCAAAGCUGGCCACACCAUUAUUCUAAGGCAGCUGCUAAGCCACUUUCCAUUUCACAGUGAACUCCCCCAAAUUGGAGCUACACAUCUGGAAUCAGUACAAUACAGUCCACCCUUGCCUUAUGCAGGGAAUGCAUUCCGGACCUCCCCGCGUAAGGCAAAGUGUAUUCUCAAGCCCCACUAGAUAUAAUUGGGCUCGUGCACACAGCCAUUCUUCUGAUCCCUUGGCAGCUUCCACAUAAUCUGGAAGCUGCCUAUAAUGAACCCGCGUAUGGCGCAGGCUCACUGUAUUACCCUCUGCCAACUUUUUAAGUCACUAUCUGCUACUAUUGUUUGUUCUUAGAAGUGUGCAUGAGGGAAUGUCUUGUGUGAAUGGUGAUUUCUUUGGUUACAAAUAAAAUUACAUCUGAACUUGCUCUCUGAAGUUGUUUCUCAGAACCUUUAUACACAGGCGUGAUCCCUGCUUUAGUUGCCCAAGCCCUCUCAUCUGCUGUCAUUUGAGCUAAUAAAAUUCCCACUUUGAAUAAUGAUUGCAAGUGUCCUCUCAGGACCCUUGCAUUUUGCAUAACAGCUUUAAUCAGAAGGGUGCACCUAGCUACAGUCCUUUGUUGUCACCACUCUAACAUGGGAAACAAUAUGGCUGAACAGAAGCUCCUGUAUUGAGAGAGAUUUUCUUCAUGAGCAAGAAUCCUGAUUUUCUCACUUUGUGGCACUCAUGGUCAUGCACAAACAGGAACUUCUCUUCAGACUUGUUGCUUUCCCUAUGAGGAAAAUGCUGAUGUAGGGGGAUAGGACAAGGCACUUCCCACUUCGUAAGUAAUGCACGAAGAGGGUUUGUAUUAAGGAAGAAAUGACUGGUCACAGAACUGUAGUAUGUAGCAUGCUGUAGAUACUGCUUUGACCUGUCUUGCCCUGCACUUCAGCAUUAGCUAUUUUAUUCUUAUAGUAGUAGUAGUAAUACGUAUCUUACAUACUAAAGC